GUGUUUUGAUUGAUCGAGUUCUAUUGAAUUGCAAUAACAAAAGCGUUGUCAAAUCGCGAAAAUAUCAUUGAAUAGAGAGUAAAAAUCAUAACAGAAGGAAAAAACAAGUGUUAAAAUGAUAUUGAAGCCAAAGUUUCUGAAAGGUGAUAUUGUAACAUGUUCUUUACGCCAAAAGUUUGAAGCCAAAGUACUGAGGAGUCGACUUUUCAAUGAUGAUCAAAUCAAAUAUUUGGUACUUGAUGUGGAUGAGGAACUACAAAAAUUGAAUUGGUUAUCUAAUGAUGUACUCCGAGCCUCGAAAGCAGUUUGGGCCACUGAAAAGCAACUAGUCGUCAAAUAUCCGAAACAUACGGAUCUUAGACAAAUGGAAUCGAAAUUUUCAUAUGGCGAAAGAGUUCUGUGUUUUGACAAUUACCUGAACGGAUGGUGCGAGUCCAAAAUAUUAGAAUACUCUUUUAACGAGCACGUCCAAUAUUUUAUAAGUUAUGUACAGCAAAAUUACGACGAAUGGGUUACUGAGGAUCGGUUACUAAGAUUCUGCGAAGAUGUACCGAAACGACCAGAGCAAAUGUUUCAAAACGGUGAACAGGUCUUAUGUCAUUUCGAACCAUUUUUGUACUGGGCCACAAUAAUGGAAUGUGGCCAUUUUAAAGGCACCGUCGAUAAGAGUAAACAGUUCAAAUAUUCAAUACAUUAUAUUGGAUGGCGGAAAAGUUGGGAUGAAUGGGUUUCUGAAGACCGUUUAUUAAAAAUCACCGAUGAAAAUGUACAAAAACAAGAAGAAUUGAAUAUAAUCAAUGGUUGCAAAAGGAUUAAAAAAGAAUCAGAGACAGAUGCAAUAAAGACACCGGCCACACCAAAAAGACGUGGCCAUGCGCCAAAAUCAGCAUGUGACACCAAUAAUAAUCUUUCAACCAAAUUGAUGCGAAAAGGAAACGUCACACUGAGGGUUAAACGCGACAAAUCCGAAUUGAAUAGCCAUCACGAAGAAUUGAAUAUUCUAAAAGGUUGCAAACGGAUUGAAAAAGUAUCAGAGGCAGAUGCAUUGAAGACACCGGCGACACCACAAAGACGUACCCGUGCAAAUUCAAAAUCAGCAUUGUACACCAAUAAUAAUCUUUCACCCAAAUUGAUGCGAAAAGAAAACGUCACACUGAGGGAACCAAAGAACAAAAGACGAUCAAUUGAUUCAAUGAACGAUUCAAUUUUGACGCAGACAGAUAAAUAUAUCGAAAUUCCUGAAGAGAUGAUAUCAUUCGGCGAUGAAAGUAAUCAACUAGUUGAGAUUUCGGUCCGUGACAUCACCGAAUAUUUUGAAAAUUUGUAAAAAUUUCUUCGACAGAAGCAAAUCGAUAUUUUCACUGAACUUUUUUUCAGAAGAGAAAAAAGCGAGAAAAUUUAAUUAACGUAAUUUAAGAAAAAAUUGACGAAUGUGAUGAAAUUAGCCACACGAUUGUAAAUUGAAAAUGCCACUCUAGAGCCAACUUGGCAUGGAGAUAAAUUGGAAAUUAUGCGAAAAGCGGUAAAAAGUGCUAACGUACUCUAAAAAUAGAAA